AUGAAAUCGAACCAGGAGCGAAGCAAUGAGUGUCUGCCUCCAAAGAAGCGGGAGAUCCUGGCUCUGGAGGAGAGACAGGUGUUGGUGGCAGCAGCUGUGAGUGAGAGCCAGAGAGGGGAGAACCUAGCCUGGCUUGCGAGCGUAGCUACCAUGGCCAGCAUGGUCCAGGGACAUGGUGACAGAGGCAAUACUGAGGCCCUGAGUCCCUCACCUUCACUCAAGCCCCUUUCUGUAGUGACAGAGCAUCAGGCCUCUAUGUCCGCUUCCUGUUCCACUAAUUCCACGCCCAGAGAAAUUCUCUCAGGCCCCGCACUUACCUCUCAACCAGCCCUUCUCUCUCCCUGCCUCCCCCAGCCUGCCGGGACCGUCCAGUACACCCAGUUGCCCCCAAACCUGCAGCUUAUCGGACCUUACACCGGUUACAUCUCCUCUCAGAUUGUGCCAUCCACUGCCAGCCCGGCACAUCCAGCUCCGCAACCUCAAGAAGGCUAUGCUACAGCCAUUGUUUCCCAAUCCUCCAAUGGAGAGCCUCAGAGCCAGCGCGGGGUUGUGACCUCAUCUGUGCCCAAUGCAGUCCAUCCUGUUAGCCAGUGCAUUCAAAUAGAGAGUGCCGCUCUCAGAGUGACCACGGUCACCUCCCCCACUCCUCACGUGCCCAUACAGCUCCACCCACACUCUGCCGUACUGGCCCCCCAUGCCUUGGCUCUUGCACCUUCCCAGGUGCUGCUGCACUACACAGAUGGCCUGACCACCAAGCCACCUGAAUCCCACGGCAGAGAGCUGCAGAAUGGAGAGAUAAGAGAUGCCACGGCGGCCAAGCACAAUUCCAACAUGGUAAAAGGCGUAUCCAGUCAGCCAGAGGGUGACCAGAGCCAAAGGCAACAACAAAACAUUGGCCUCCAGGCCCAAGCACAGGUACUGCUUCCUGCCGAGUACACCGCUCAGGACAGCAGUGGACUGCAGACAUCCAUCAUGCUGCUCUCCAACACCACCACCAACAACAGUGAGCUGGCAAAAGACUCCGUGACUGUCGGUGAAAGAGGAGGAAUUUGCUUGGGGAAGCCUAUCUCUCGAACUUCCUCCACACUCCCUCUCUCCUCCUCGGACGGCUUGCCCUCUCCUGCUCAGACCCUCUCUCCCCAUGCCAUCCUGCAGACGUCCCACAGUGCCACCCAUGAGCUCUCCACCGGUAUCUAUUCCGCCACACAGCUGCCAAUCAUCGGCUACAUCACCAGUGCUGGUGCAGGGCAUCAGCAGUCGGUGGCCGGUUACCACAGCAACAUGCCUCAGCACUUGGUAAUCUCAGGCAGCCCCUCACUCCUCAUCCCUGUUAGUACCAGUAAUGUCAGCGUGCCUCCUGCUGAGCCAGAAGUCCCCCGCUGUUCAGUUACCUCCAUCACCUCUGUAGUACCCCCUACAGUUGCUACAGCCCUGCCUCAAGCUUAUAUCACCUCCACCACUUCUGCUGCUCUUGCUGCCUUGCCCAAAGGGGUAGAGGUCAUGGGGUCCAAGGGACAGUACGCAGGCCCUUUGGUUCAGAGCCAAACUCAGGUGCAGCUGCCCGUCCUCUCAGCCAGUUUGGUGGCACCACCUGCUCCUGUAUCACCCCAGAACAGCCCCACCACCCCACCAGUAACGCUUCCACCGUACUUCAUGAAGGGCUCCAUCAUCCAGCUGGCGGAUGGAGAGUUGAAACGGGUGGAGGACCUGAGGACAGAAGACUUCCUACAGAGCGCUGAGGUGAGCGGGGAGCUGAAGAUCGACUCCAGCACCGUGGAGCGCAUUGACUGCAGCCGAACGCCAGAUGCUGUCAUCAUACAGUUUUCGGUCGGGGAGCAUAAAGCACAGGUGUGUGUGGAAGUGCUGGUAGAGUACCCCUUUUUUGUGUUCGGUCAGGGCUGGUCUUCUUGCUGCCCAGACAGAACCACCCAGCUUCUGGAGUUAUCCUGUGCCAAGCUCUCUGUGGGUGAUGUCUGUAUCUCUCUGACUCUCAAGAGCCUUAAGAACGGCACACUAAGGAAAGAUCAAACUCCUGACUUUGCUGGCAACCACAGCGAUCUUCACGUGAAAGCAACGAGACCCAACGGCCAAGUUAAUGCUCACGCUGUCCAGAGAGAGGCGCUGGAAAGUGGACUGAGGUUAGGAGCCGGAGUGCAGGGUGGAGCUACAAGUGUCGGGGCCGCAGACAUGCAGAACGGGAUUGGAAGUGUUGGUCCUGCAGACACUGGCAAGGUACUGACUCCCACGGAGAGUGGAGAGGCGGAAGCCAAAAUGAAGAUGAACUGCCUUCAAAUGCCCGGGCAAACAGAUGGCAGCGGACCCGAGAGGACUGAGAGAGCCGGGAGGGUGGUAACCCGCAAAAGGAGGUGGUCUGCUCCGGAGAGAAGCCAAGCACAGAAGUUCAGUGAGGAGGAGCCACCUGUAACUCUGCCUAAACUAUCAUUCAUUCCACAGGAACUGAAGAUUAACAUCGAGGGCAGAUCCAGCACAGGCUGCUGAGGACCCCCAAGAUUUAAAAAAAAAAAAACGUAUAAAGGAGGAUACGAAUGAUCAGAUAUUUUGUCAUGUAUGUUCUUUUGUGUCAUAUUUUUC